AUGGGGAAGACUGCUGAUGUGACAGUUGUCCAGAAGGCAAUCAUUUACACCCUUCACAAGGAUUCUGGCCUCAUGACGGAUUUUCCAUUUGGCUUUCAUAACAAGACAAAUCAGACAUUAUUUGAGGGAAAUUAUAGUGCAGGGAUGUACAGUAACCAAACUAUAAUCUCCGUUGAGCCACUGGAUCAUUUCCUUAAAGGCUUGAUUGUCACACGUGUCAUGCCUUCGAUCUAUAUCUUCAUCAUCCUCGUUAGUCUGCCCCUGAAUGGUUUGGCCAUGGUGACAUUCACCUGUAGAAUUCGAGAGAAGAAACCAGCUGUGAUCUACAUGUGCCAUCUUGCAUGUGUGGACCUGCUCUUCAUCCUGCUUCUGCCUCUGAAGAUCCACUACGAGAUGAAUGCUUCAAACUGGGUGUUCGGUGAGGCGGCCUGUCGUUUACUCACUGCAUCCUACUACGGUUACAAGUACUGCUCUGUACUGCUGAUGAUGUGUAUGAGUGUGGACCGGCUGCUGGUCGUGGUAUUUCCCAUCGCCUCUCUGACCUGGAGGAGUGCAAGGAAAGCCACAUGUGUUUGUGUGGUGAUCUGGCUGCUGACACUCGUUGGCAUAGUACCACUUCUCGUGUUGAAUCAGACAACUACUUAUCAGAAUCGCAUCACCUGCUUUGACAUUUUUGCAGAUUCUUCAGUAAGGUUAUACUUCUAUGUGUUCUUAGUCCUUCUAUGCAUCAGCUUCGUCCUGCCACUGGUUGUCAUCUUAGUGAGCUACUCUAUUAUCAUAUAUGUGCUCUGUUCUAAACAUGAUCACUCAUCAUCUUCCUCAGACAACCGUAAGAGGUCUGCAAUUAUGGCUUCUGCUGUGGUUACUGAGUUUGUUGUGUGCUUUGCACCAUCUAAUGUCCUCCUGAUGUACCACUGCAUUUGUAUAAUCAAUGGUAGCAAUGGGUUGUAUACCUACCCACCUUACAUGCUGGCUGUGUGUUUGGCAAGCUCAAGUGUUUUUCUGGACCCUCUGCUCUACUACUACGGAUCAUCUCAUUACAGACAGCAGAUCCGCUCUGGGUUUUCUUUUUUGGUCAGUAAGGCAAAAAGAGCUAACAUACCAUGA